AUUUAAUAUGUAUCCCUCCAUCACAAAUAUCUUAUUUUAAUUAUUAUACAUGUUAUUUGUUCACAUAGUGUUGAUAAAUUGAAACUCAAUUAUUUAUCAUAGUAUUUUUUUUUUACAUAUACACUUAUCUCCACAUCCUCUCUUUAUAUUUUAAUUUUGGGUAAUGUCUAUUUUUUAUUCAAACAUUUUUUAGAUUCUUUUAUAUUAUUCAAACCUAUUAAAAUGCUAUUAAUAGCCAAAUCUUUCGUAAUGCAUCAAAGUAUUAGCCAUUUUAAUAAUUUUGUAAUUCUUUUCUUAGUUACAAGGGUAAAUACAAUAUAAUAGCCAAACCUUUCCAAAAACAAAAAAAUAACCAAUCCGUUAACUUUCCAUCCGUUUGACCGUUAGUUGACUCUGACGUGGUGAGAAGCCUGAGAUGGAAAUCUUUAUGUUGCAUGACAAAUAAUAUUUUAAUUUUUUCAUAUUAUUUUAAAAAAUAAAAACAGAAAAAUAAAUAGAAUGUAAAAAAUUACAAGUCUCCCUUACCCGUUCGAAUCCCUUUUCUCCUCCCAUCACCCGACCUCAUCUCUUUCAAUCGCGGCAUCUACUUCAUCUUCCUUCCCCGCCUCUACUUUUACAUCAUUCCGCCACCGCCGCUCCCAUUGCCGCUGGCUAGGUUCGUGGUCUUCAUUUUUUCGACGAUUCCUCAUAUCCAGCGGCGGAUCCAGAACACAGUAGAGCACUGGGCCGCAUUUCAUUAGAAAAUCCGAUAUCGUAAAAAAAAUAUUAUGAUUAUAGUUUUUUUUUUACAAUGUCAAUUGUACACGACGGUCUUUUAAUUUAGCGAAUGCAUCAAUAAUGAAAUCUACAUCCAUACCAACUAUGUUUCAAAUAAAAUAUUUGAGCAAUCAGCGAGAAAUUCAUCGCUCAUUUUGUUGCGCAAAUCAGUUUUCACAUGUUUCAUUGUUGAAGAGGUUCUCUCCGUAGUAGCUGUUGAAACGAGAAGCAUCAACACUAGACAAAUCAAUUGACUAAUCAAUUUGCACUGUGUGUCCAUCCCUAUAUCCACCAUGCUGCUCUAGUAAAAUUUUAAGAGAACAAACCUCAUAUUUCUUUUAGUCUUUUACGCUUUAGACUUUAGGAUUUUUAGUUUUCACAUUGUUUUUUUAGACGAAAAACCUUUGGGCUAGAAUUUCUAGGAUAAAUUUAGAGUAGUGAAUUGAAUAUGUUCAUCUGAAUCAUUUUUCUAAUUAUACACAAUCAUAUUAUAAAAAUAACACUGGACUGAAUGACUAAAACCGAUAAAUUUAUAAGAAUUAUUCUAACUCCGGAUCCAAAAGAGUGCUGGGCCGGGGCCCGGGGUGGCCACCCCUUGGAUCCGCCAAUGCUCAUAUCUCCAUAUCAGAUUCAAGCCUGUAGCUUCUGUCUUCGUUGCCGCCCUCCACCACGUGUCUCUUUCUGCCUCCGCCUUCCUCAGGCUAGUCUCCAGCUCGGCUUGCUUGGUCGCUGCUUGGGUCACCUCGGUUCCCUUCCACUUCACAAUCGCAGCUGCUGAGACUCGAGAUGGGAGCAAAGUAAGGUUUCAUAGCCGCUGUCGGUGGAGGCAUACGACAUCUUUAGAGCUCAAUUGCCAUCUUCCCUCCCCCGAAUCUCGCCGCCAUCACCCACUGCUCAAAGAAUUUGAAGAGUAAAGCGGCAAGAGUGAAGGGAAUAAACUUGUUUUUGGAAUUUUAGGGGAUUUAUUUUUGCUUUGUGUGUUUCAAUUGGGAAGUGAUUAGUGAAGGGAGGGGGAUUUUGAACGUGCUGAUUGCUGAAUGAAAGGGAUUCGGUGAUGAAGAUUAGGGCUGGAAGUUUGGUACCGGUAUUUGGGAUAUACCGAAUAUCGUACUGAAUUUGUCUAUAUUUGGUAUUACUGAAUACACGUAUUAUUUUGGGGGAUUGGGAUUAGGAUUGAAUUUCAAUUGUUAUUCGGUAUUAGGGAUUACGGGAUUUGGAUCGGUAUAUACCGAAAUACCGAUUAAUACCGAAAUAUAAGCUAGUGUGUAUUUUAUCCUCUCAACUAGACUCUCUCAUUCACUACUAUGCGACCCUCAACCACCAAAAGUGUCAUUUAAUUAUACAUAGAUCAUUACAUCACUAUUUCACACUAGUAUUAGUCGUCUCUCAACCUCAAAUUCGUCAAAUUAAAGAUUACCAAUUACAAGAACUUGAGAUGUUAGCUCUAGGCAACUCAAGACUAUUUGCUUAGUUUCUUUGUCCUAAAUUAAACAAUAAAAUCUAAUUUAUAUAUUUAAUUAUUAAUUACAAAGGUAAUUAAUUAUGUAUUCAAUAAUACCUAUUGGGAUACCGAGAUACCGAUUAGGAUACCGAAAUUAUUUAGGGAUUGGGAUUGGGAUACCGAAUUUAUUUAGGGAUUGGGAUUGGGUUUGAUUUUAGGGUGUAAUUCAGUUUUCGGGAUUUGGUAUUGGGGUAUUCGGGAUUUUGGUAUUUCGGUACGCAUAUUAAGGCCUUGAUAACUAGAUUUUGACGCCGAUAAGUAUAUUCCGGCCACGGUGACUGGAUUCCAACGACGUUAAGUAUAUUCUGGUCACAGUGACCAGAUUCUGAUGACAUUAAGUAUAUUUCGGCAACAUUGAGCUUAUUUCGGUCACGCUGACCGUGUUCUAGCGGCCAGAUUCCGAUGAACAGCGGCAUGAUUCCGAUGAACAGCGGCCAGAUUCCGAUGAACAGCGGCAUGAUUCCAGCGACUGAAAAUUUAGACAAAAAAAAUUUUAUGAUUAUUUUAUUUUUCUACCAUUACUUUUAUUUUUUAUUGAUUGCUUAAACGUAAUAUUCACUUUUAUGAACGGUUGUUCGGAGUAACAGAUUCUGAGGUAGAAAUUCAGCCAUAUGAGUUUUUUGAUACUUUGCUGAGAAGAAAGCUUACUGAAGAACAGACUCAGGGGCUUUGUGCACCUUUCACAGCAAAGCAGAUUAAAGAUGUAAUAUUUGU